AUGGAGGAUCCUUUCAUGAACAUAUCAUAUGCAGAGCUCUUUAAAGUGACAGAUGGCUUCUCUUCUGCAAAUUUGAUUGUCCUCAAUCUUCAGCAGCAAGGAGCUUUGAGGAGCUUCAUGGCCGAAUGUGAAGCCUUGAGAAAUAUAAAGCAUCGGAAUCUUAUCAAAAUCUUAACCUGCUGCUCAAGUAUUGAUUUUAAGGGCAACAAGUUCAAGGCUUUAGUUUUUGAGUACAUGGCCAAUGGAAGUCUUGACAACUGGUUGCACAUAGAUGGACAUGACCAGUCCUGGAGGAACUUAAACUUCAUUCAAAGGCUAAAUAUCGCUGUCGAUGUGGUUUCUGCACUGGAUUAUCUACAUCAUCACUUGCAAACACCAAUUGUUCAUCGCGAUUUAAAACCAAGCAAUAUUCUUCUUGAUGAUGACAUGAUUGCUCAUGUGGGUGACUUUGGGCUAGCAAAGUUCUUAUCUGAGGUUGCUCAAACCAGCUCACUUGGGGUGAAGGGAUCUAUUGGGUACAUCGCUCCAGAGUAUGGGAUGGGCGGUGAAGCUUCUACACAAGGAGAUGUUUACAACUAUGGAAUCAUUCUCUUGGAGAUGAUAACUGGAAAGGGGCCAACUGAUGAGAUGUUUAAAGACAAUCUAAGCCUUCAUCAUUUCUCUAAGUCUUCGUUGCCUGAACAAGUAAUGAAGAUUGUAGACCUAAUUCUUUUAAUGAAGCCAGAGUUACUCAAGACAGUGGAAAUCAUACCAAUGCAAGAUAUGGAAUGCGUGACUGCUGGACUUCAAUAG